CUCUCUUUCACUUUGGCUGUUGAAGCAAAAGAAACCAUGGCUUCUCGCUGUGAGCUACUUCUGAUCUGCGUCUUGUCUCUCUUCUCUGCUCUUGCUCACUCCAAGACGUUGAAGCGAGAUGUGAAAGCUUUGAAUGAAAUUAAAGCCUCUUUGGGAUGGAGAGUGGUGUAUUCAUGGGUUGGUGAUGAUCCUUGUGGAGAUGGAGACCUUCCACCUUGGUCUGGUGUCACAUGUUCUACACAAGGAGACUAUAGAGUUGUCACUGAAUUAGAAGUUUACGCGGUUUCGAUUGUUGGACCUUUCCCCAUUGCAGUAACAAACCUUUUGGAUUUGACUAGACUGGAUCUACAUAACAACAAGUUGACUGGUCCAAUCCCUCCACAAAUUGGGCGACUGAAACGGCUGAAAGUACUAAACCUGAGGUGGAAUAAGCUACAAGAUGUGAUUCCUCCCGAGAUUGGGGAGCUGAAGAGACUAACCCAUUUGUACUUGAGCUUCAAUAGCUUCAAGGGAGAAAUUCCCAAGGAACUGGCUGCUCUUCCUGAACUUCGGUAUCUAUAUCUUCAAGAAAACCGUCUCAUUGGUAGAAUUCCUGCAGAACUGGGGACGCUGCAAAACCUUCGCCACCUAGAUGUUGGUAACAAUCAUUUGGUGGGAACUAUACGGGAGCUCAUCCGUUUUGAUGGAAGUUUCCCAGCUCUUCGCAACUUGUACUUGAAUAAUAACUAUUUGAGUGGAGGGAUCCCUGCUCAGCUGUCAAAUCUUACAAACUUAGAGAUUGUUUACCUGUCUUACAACAAAUUUAUCGGAAACAUUCCUUUUGCCAUUGCUCAUAUUCCUAAACUGACAUACCUGUACCUUGAUCACAACCAAUUUACCGGGAGAAUCCCAGACGCAUUCUACAAGCACCCAUUCCUCAAAGAAAUGUACAUUGAAGGCAACAUGUUCAAGUCAGGCGUGAACCCUAUUGGUACCCACAAAGUUCUAGAAGUUUCUGAUGCCGAUUUUGCUGUGUGACCGGAUAGAAGAUUCUAGAGGUUCUCGAGAAAACGUCUCAGAACUACCUAGAAAAUGGUUCCACUCUAGUUCUCCUUUUUUUGUAUGGUCAAUCGAUUUGCAAAUGAAAAAAAGCAUAAGAC